AAAAUUUAUAAUUUACUUGGCCAAUGACCAUGAUGUGAAAUUAUAUGCACACUUUUUUCCCAAAAAAGUGUGUAUUUCAAGUUUGUGUAAAUUAGGAAAAAUACAAAAAAGCCUUUUUUUUUUCUUUGAAUGCAUUUCAUUUUAGUUUCUAAAAAAAUGCUAUUAUUUACUAAAUACUAAAUCAAUAAAUAUGCAUAUUAAGUUUCAUUAUUUAUCUUUGUAGGAAGAUGGCGCCUAAAGAACGGUCUAGGGAUAUUGGAUGGGCUACAGCCACGAAAGUACAAGGCAAUAUGUCAUGGACAAAAUGCAACUACUGUGAUGCUAUCCACCUAGGAGGUGGAAUUACCAGACAUAAACAACAUUUGGCAGGAGGAUUUUCUAAUGUUGCCAAGUGUACAUGUGCCCAGAUGAAGUAAGCAAAGCAAUGAGGAAGCACUUAAGGGGAAGUAGAGAUAAAGCAAAAACAACUGUUGAAGAUGAGGAUAGAUUGGUUGAAUAUAAGGGAUCAUGGGGAUUAUAAAGGAUCCGAUAUGGAGGUAGAGGAUGAUCAACAACUUGCAUGAGCGAUGCAUAUUUCAAGGGAGGAAGCAAAAAAAAAAACGAUGGAUAGCAGAACAACUGAGAAGAAGUCAAUCUGUAGGACCUAGGUGUGGUGGCCCGAUGAUUUAUGAACAAAGUUCUGGCUCUAGAAGUCAUCCAAGUGUAUAUAUUGCAGGCACUGUGAAGGGCAUGUUUGACAAAUUUGCCUCUAGUGGUAAAGGCAAGGGGAGAAGGAGCCCAGAAAUUAGAGAUAUGAGAGAUGCACCAUACAAACAUCAUAAUGAAGGACAACAAAGGAUUGAAGAGGCUUUGUAACUUAAGACAUUGAGUAAAAAAAUUGGGAAAGCAAUCUCUAGGUGGUUCCACAGUUCUAUAAUUCCACCUCACAAAGCUAAAGAUCCAUACUUCAAGGCUAUGGUUAAGGAGAUUAAGACGUGGAGAAAAUGUGAAGCCACCCACUCCUCAUGAAAUUGCUGGGCCAUAUUGACGAGGAUGUCCAUCAUCAAUUUUCUCAUAUAUUAUGAUGGGAAAACAAUAUUCCACAAGUCUUUCAACGCAUCCUCAGAUAUCAAGGACUCAAUGCAUUUGUUUAAAUUAAUGGAUAAAGUUGUUCAGGACGUUGGGCUAGAUAAUGUUGUUUAGAUUGUGACUGAUAAUGCCGCCAAUUUCAAAAAGGCUGGUAUCUUACUUAUAGUGAAGUAUCCCACCCAAUAUUGGACACCUUGUGCAGCCUAUUGUGUUGAUUUGAUGUUCAAGGACAUUGGUGAAAUGAACAAAGUGCACACAUUGGUUUCUGAUGCCAAGAUGAUCACCAACUUCAUCUACAAUCACAGCCGGGUGUUGGCAUUGAUGAGAAAGUACACAAAAGGUGACUUGGUGAGGCAAAACGGAAGGAAGAACUGGUUAAGUCAUUCACCUCUAAUAAGUGGUUCACUAGUAAAUAUGCAACCACUGAAAUUGGAAAAGCUGUUCAAGACCUAAUCACCUGAACAAAGUUUUGGGAAAUGGUAUACCGACUUACUAAGAUUAUGCAACCACUAUUUGUGAUACUUAAGUAGUUGAUGGUGAGAAGGCGCAGACCAUGGAAAAUAUAGUGCAUUGUAUGGAAGUUGUCAAACAGAAGAUAGAAGAGGAAAACCCAAAGUCAUUCAAGGCAUUUUUGAAGAUUAUAAAUCAUCGAUGGGAAACUAAUUUGGUUAAAGACCUUCAUCGGACAGCCUAUUAUUUGUAUCCGGAUCUUCACUACACAAACAAUUUAAGGUUUAAGAAAGAUUUGAUAGAAUCUUUGAAGGAUGUUAUUAACAAGUUAGCUCCUAAUAUUGAUUUGGCCAAAGAUGCGGUUGAAGAGGUGAAGUACUUCCAGGAGGCCACUUGUGGGUUUGUUGAUCAUUUAGCUAUCCGUGCUAGAGGAACACAAUGCCCUGCUGAUUGGUGGCUGAAUUAUGGAUGGAGCGCUCCAAACUUGAGGCCAAUAGUAAUGAAAAUAUUAUCAUGCACGACAUCCUCAAGUGGCUGUGAACGUAACUGGAGUACUUUCGGAUUGAUACACACCAAACCUUAGAAUCAUCUGAGUUAUGAGAAGCUGGAGGAGCUAGUGUAUGUGCACUAUAACAUGAAAUUGAAGAACUAUUUAGAAUUGGAGAAAUCAAGGGAUGAUAUUGAUGUCAACCCAAUUGACAUCACGCACAUACUCGACGAGGAAGAUCCAGCUAGGGGAUGGAUUGAAGACACUGAAAAGGUUUUGGUGAUGGACAAAUUAUCUGAAGAUCGAUGAGAAACCACACCUGAUCCCAUUAUAGAGGACCUCAUUAGAGAUAUAAAUGAAGAUUUUAUAAAUAUUGAUGAUGAUGAAACCCAAACACCAUCAGCUUUGCAAGAGGAUGAUGAUAGCUUCGAUGAUGGCGAUAUCAGAAGGACGAGAUCAGGUGUUACAUAUAGUGUAACUUAACCAGAUAGUGAUGAUGAUGAUCAAAACAAGGAUGAUGCUGAUGAUGAUGAUGAUGAUGAUGAUGAUGAUGACGAUGGUGGUGGUGGUGGUGGUGGUGGUGGUGGUAGUGGUGGUGGCCAAACUUAUGUAUUGGUACAUUUCACAGAGGAGGCUGCAUUUACACAUGCAACCCAAGAUAGUCAUCAUGGUGCUCACACACAACCAAAGUCUUAUAGUCGGAGGGGUAGGCGAUCCCACAAUCAGAGUGCUACUGAUGCGUUGAUGAGUAGUAUGGAGUCAAUGAGCAUUAGUUCAGAUCCCACUAGUUCCUCGUCCGGACAUGGACACCAUGUAUGUUCAGAUGCAUCUUUAGGUUAUAGAUAUGGGACUUAUGCAGGACAAUCAUUUGCCAAUCCAGAGUAGUACAGAAGUUUAGAUCACGCUGGUUCCUCAUUUGGACAUGGACACCAUGUAUCUUCAGGUGCUUCUUCAGACUAUGGAUAUGGGACUUAUGCAGGACCAACAUUAACCACUGUUGAGCAGUACAGAAGAUUCUACAAUGAAUGAGAGACCCACUACCAUAAAUAUUUCGACUGGGGUAAAUAUUGUGCCUAUAUUUGACAAGUGCAGAACAUCAUCUUAGUUGCUCCUACUGAAGAAGGUCCUAGCCAAGGAUUUGAACCACCACGACACUCUUCAUGGCACUCAUCACAGUGGCAAUGGCAAUGAGAAAAGAAAAAACUGUAAGAAACCU